CUGUGUAUUUCGUCUUCUGUGAUUCUGCGAAUUCUGCGGAAAAUUGUUGAAUGCAAAUUGCACUCAAAAAAUUGCAAAUUGUGCAAAGGUACGGCGGGGUGUGGAAGGGGGAUUUGCGAUCUUGUGACGGGGAUUAAAUAAUUUGAUUUGAGAGUUAGAUAAUCAUGUCUGAGAGGUUGAACAUAGAUGCUCCCCUUUGGGAUUUGAAUACCUUCGUUGGUAGAUUUAAGCAUUUUCUUUGGGUGACGGAUCCAAGGACAUGUAUAGUCAGUGAAAGGACUUUAGAUGAUGCUAAGACAUUAAUAGAACAGUACCGUAAAGGUCUAGAGCCCCCAGGGACUACUACUGAACAAGUGAUAUACGCAAAAAAGCUAUAUGAAAGCGCUUUUCACCCGGAUAGUGGUGAGAAACAGAAUGUCUUUGGUAGAAUGUCGUUCCAGGUACCAGGUGGUAUGGCUAUUACAGGAGCUAUGCUUCAAUUUUACAGGACUUCAACGGCUGUUGUAUUUUGGCAGUGGGUAAACCAGUCCUUCAACGCUCUUGUCAACUAUACCAAUCGAAACGCAAAGUCUCCAAUAUCUACAAACCAGCUUGUUAUCGCUUAUGUUUCAGCAACUUCAAGUGCAAUGCUAACGGCUUUAGGUUAUAAGGCUUUCCUCGCAAAGAGAGCUAGUCCAUUUUUCCAACGUUAUGUACCGUUUGCUGCUGUCGCUGCUGCAAAUUUUGUGAACAUUCCCUUGAUGAGACAAACCGAGAUAUUGAACGGCGUCGAUUGCACCGACGAGGAUGGAAAUAUUGUGGGACAGUCUCGAGUGGCCGCUGUCAAAGGUAUAUCUCAAGUAGUUAUAUGCAGAAUCAUAAUGUGCGCACCAGGCAUGCUGGUUCUGCCCGUGAUAAUGGAAAAGAUCGAGCCUUACCCUUGGAUGCAGAGAAUCAAGUUUUUACACGCCCCAAUACAAGUGAUGGGAGUAGGAUGCUUCUUAUCUUUCAUGGUGCCACUAGCUUGUUCCUUAUUCCCUCAAAGAUGCUCACUGAGUACAUCUGUCAUGGCUAAAUUAGAACCCGAAGAAUAUGAGAAGAUGAAGAAGAACUGCAACGGAAAGGUACCAGCGAAGGUGUAUUUCAACAAAGGAUUGUAAUUUAGCUAGAGUGAAAUAGCUUGGGAUUUAGCAAGCAUUUAGGUGAUCUGAACUAAAUUUUGACUUGAUUAAUUCGAAAAUAUCGUUUAGCAUUUUCUCGAUGGAGUGUUGUAGGAAAAUUGGAUAGGGAACUUCCGAAAUCAAGACAAUAUUCGAUCAAAGCCGGAUAUUUUUCUAGUUGCUUCAUUUAGAACGCUGAAGAUAAAAAACUUAUUAGUAUUGGAGUUACUUAAUUUUUUUUUCGAGAAUUUUGAAUACCAUUCCUAGCAAAUAAGAAAUAAUUUAACAGAAACGGAAUAUGAAAGUCAAUUGAACAAUUUCUUAAGUAAUGAAUGGUUUGAAAGUUGUUUCUUCGUUUUCUUUAAUAAUUUAUUUGAAAAUCUUUUUAUUUAGAUCUUGUAUUGUUGAGUAUUUUAUGUUGAAAGGUGUAUGACGAUCAAUGUUCAGAUAUGCAACAUUACUCCCUUGUUUAUUCCAAGGUGGAAUUUUCAAUGACAGUUUGAAAUAUUAAUUUAUUUUAGGAAGUAGUCUCUUUUAGAUUCUGUACUUUACCGGCACAAGCAAUACUCGAAUAAUUUGAACAUAGCUCAAUUUUAAAUUGGUACUUACUGUAUCGUUUACCUCGUUUUCUUGGGCAAUCAUAAAAAUUGUACUACCUCCGUUCCAUAUCAGGCGCGCGUUUUAGCUGAGCAUUAAACUUAUUUCUUUGUUCUGUAAACGAAUAACAAAUAAUGCAAUAAUUUAUUCCUUUGAUUGUUGAAUGUAUACAUGUUGUAGAAAUGUUAAAAAAAAACAAGGAUAAAA